AAUAUGGCAAUAGAUGGCAUCAUAUCUCUCUCUCUCUUUGCUGAUGUUGCUCAUAGUGUGUUAACUACAAACACGUUGGGCUCCAUUAACCCCUAUGAGUCUUUAUGUUGUCUUUUUAAACCACCACAAUAAACACAAGGUAGGUAGGUAGGCUGUACUAUGUCACUUUAACUACAGACAUAAGGAAGUUGGGCUAACACACUGCUGGAUUUACGAAUAAAAGUUUAGGAAUUUUGUUUCUGAAGACACUGCAGUUGGGGAAAGGUGGGGAAAGGAAACAGCAGAGCAUGGGGCCGGUAGCUCACACUCUGUGUGUGCUCAUCACCCUCUGGGCCUCAGGUUUAUGCCAUACACUCCAAACUGUGGGCCCUUGUGUGGUCGACAGAGAGAAGACUGCGUUUGACUGCAGCAGACGAAAGCUCACAUCAGUUCCAGAACAGAUAUGGAAGAACGUGACUGAGCUUGAUCUCUCAGGGAAUUACUUAAACCUAGCCCAAACCAAAGGUCUCAAGGAGCAUCCAAGCUUUGACCAUUUGAUUACACUCAAUCUUUCAGGAAACUACCUCCCCCUACUGGGGAAGAAGCACUUUUACCCUCUCCCAUCUCUGCAAAUACUGGAUCUCAGUGGAUGCAAGCUGGCUGCAGUUGAGACUGAUGCCCUGUUGAGCUUCCCCAGCUUGAAAAAGCUAUUUCUGGGCAAUAAUAACCUACAGACACCUCUACCUGCUGCACUACAAGACCAUGGACAGAUUGAGUUGGUAGAUGUCACACACAAAGUUCAUGGAACUAUGGCCCAGGAAAGACACUCCAAUGGACAUGCUUUUAACAUGAUCAUCCAAAGUAAGGUGCAACGGAAACUGCUGGCAGCAAACACAACAGGCAAUGAUACAGUCACUGACAACAAUGGGCACAGUUCCUCAGGCGGGUGGAAACCCCUUGUUGCUGUUUUGGUGACAGCCAUUGUUGUCUCCAUCCUUAUCGCUGUGGGUGCAAAAUGUAAAGUUGUGCGCAAGUAUUUGGCCAGCUAUAGGCACUCAAGGCUGAGCGAAACGGAUACAACCAGCCACUGCGACCCCGGUAGUUUUGAGGUGGGCUUCUCCACUCAGGGCCCCUCAGGCAGGGGACCACAUGCAGUUCCUGCCGAAGGGGACGAGAUGGAGGAGGAUGAUGAUGGGUUUAUUGAGGACAAUUACAUUCAGGCCAGUGAGAGGGAGCGAGCAGAAAGAGAGGUACACACAUGGGAACACGAAGAAGACGACGAAGAUGAAGAAGAGGAUGAGAUAGAAUUCACUAUUGGAUAGUUAAAUGAGAAGUUUGUGAAGAUUGGGCCACAACUAGUAGCAGCAACUUAACAACUUAGUUUUUUGGAAGAAAAUGGAAACAGCAGUGGACUUUUUUUCAUAAAGAUUAUUUAUGAUUUAAUGAUUCUCCUACUUUACAUAUAUUACGUUUGUAUGUACUGCUGUGUUCUCUCUCCUCUCUCUCUAUGAUACAAUUAACUUAACAUUUAAUUUAAAAAUAAGUAAAUUGGGUUUGAAGAGGAAUUCCAUGGAAUAUGUAUUGUGUUUUUCUUGUAUAAAAUGGUUAUGUUUGGUCAUGUUACCUUAGAACAGCGGUUUUGAUAUGUGUUCUACUGGUGGUGCACAAAGCAUUCCCAAGGUGGUACACUUAAUGGCAUCAGAAAAUUCUCUGCAUACACUACAACAUUAACACAUCACAUUUGCACAUGUGAUUCAGUGAAAUUAUCAGUAGGUGCUACUUGAAAGUUUUAGUUUGAUCCUGGUUGGUACAUGACCUACAAACUUUGAGAACUACUGUAUUCAAGGAGGUCAAUGAUUCCUGGUCCUUGUCAUAAGCUAUUUAGGCCUUCCCAACACACCAUAACCAGCUGAUGAAAAGCUGGAAUGUCAAAACAUGAAAAAAUGUGUAGGACUAGGUACUCCAGUUCCAGGACUGGGAAUAAGUGUGUAAUAGUAGCCACUUGUUUUUUGUUUUUGCAUAUUGUAUUGUGCAGUUUGUUUAUGUUGUAUUUAACAUCUUUUAAAAGUACGAUAUGGCAAAAAAUACUAAUUAAAAAUUUAAAAUGAGUUAACCAGACCUCACUGUUAGCCAUAUGGCUUGAUCAAUUUGUAAAAUUUCAAAUGUCAGGCAUAGACAUGUAAUAAUGGCUUGAUAAAGUUGUUUUAACCUUAAUAAAAUAAAAUUUGUUUUUGUACAAAAA